AAAGACGUCUAGAACUGGAACGGACCCUGAAGGGGCGGGCCUAAAAUCCUGAAGUCUUGAAACCAUGAACGCGCUUUGGGUUCUGUAUUUCUUUUUAUCUAUUUAAUUUUUUAAAUGGUUAAACGUUAAAUGUUGAACGGGCGGAGUCACGGCUGUUCCAUCUGGAGCCCAUCCUCAUUGUAACGCAUGUGUGUACCUCGCCUUCAGAUCUUAAACGAUCAUGAAUUCAGAUUUUAGUAGUAGGCCUGCUAUUCGAAAUGGUGUUUUAGACGUUUGAUUACUUUAGUUUUUCGAUUUUCACAGAUCAAGCGGAUAGAAAUGCUCGUAACGCAUUGUUGGCCAAACGAGGGUUACACGUACCACGAGCUCUGAAUCACGAGGAUUUAUUUAUUUAUUUAUUUUAGGGUGGAUCGGAUAUGUAGGGAAUUUGGAAUAUGCUUCAAAAAUCAUUUUUCUUCUGUCUGUGGAUUUGUUUCUCACGUGGUGUGUUUGGCGCUGGUACAGAUGAAGUGAAGUCAGUGUCAGUGACGGAGGGAGAUUCUGUCUCUCUAAACACUGAUGUUCAAGUACAAAGAGAUCAGAUACUGUGGGCUUAUAUACAUGACCGUUCAGAGAUUCGUAUCGCUGAAAUCUAUAAGCAGAUUAUUGAUAUGUUUGACAGUAAUGUGAGAUUUGGAGACAGACUCCAGAUGGACAGUCAAACUGGAUCUCUGACCAUCAGAAACAUCAGAACCACAGACUCUGGACUUUAUAAACUGAGCAUCUUCAGCAAAACUAACACACACAAAAGUUUCAGUGUUACUGUCUAUGCUCCUCUACAGACUCCUGUCAUCACCAGAGACUCUUCAGACUCUUCAUCAUCAUCAUCAUCUAAACGUUCAUCAGUGUCCAGAUGUUCACUGGUGUGUUCAGUGUUGAAUGUGAGUGAUGUGACUCUCUCCUGGUAUAAAGGAAUCAGUGUAUUGUCCAGCAUCAGUGCGUCUGAUCUCAGCAUCAGUCUCUCUCUACCUCUGGAUGUGGAAUAUCAGGAUAACAACACCUACAGGUGUGUGAUCAACAAUCCUGUCAGAAACCAGACCACACAUCUGGACAUCACGCAACUCUGUCACACGAGUGCAGAGCGCGUUCAGUCGUCACAACGGGUGGGAAUAUUGAUUAGUUUGUUUCUGGCUUUAGUAGUUGUGGCGGCAGUAAUGUGUCUUAGAAGGAAGAGUAAAUCAGCAACACAAGCAGUCCGGUCUUGUGCGGAAGAAGUACUUUAUGCCGAAACAACAUUUCGUGCACACAGUGUUCACAGUACGAAAGCUAAUGGAGAAGACCACGUCAUAUACUCGGGUGUUAAUGUAACGUGACAUAUUCGGUGUAUGCCCAUGUUAAGUAUUUUAUUCAAGUACUUUACUUCAAACAUUUCUCUCAGUAUUUUCUGCGACCAAUAUUACACUGCCAUGUAAUUAUCAAGUAACUCAAUUUUUAGAGAAAGUGAAGGGUAGACUUGCAGAGAGUUAUGAAAUCCCGAGCUUCCGUUUCAUCAGGAUUUGAUCAGUAUUCCCGCAUCAGGAUUUUCUCUCGCUUGCUCUAACAUUCCAUGUAAUAGACUUUCAGUGACUAUUAAUAUUCUUUAUUCAUUGAUACAUUUUACUCUAGAAUACUUGAUUCUGAUUGGUCCAUUGCCAUUGAAAUAUUUGUGAAUAAUCACAGCUCAGUGUUGAAUCGUACAAUGACCUGCCAUCCUGCUCUAACUUGUUCUGCGGUUAGAUGUUUACCUGUUAGACAUGUUCAUACAAGCUCAACUCUAUUACGGGAAUCUUUCCUCCCUUAUUUUGACCUUUUAACUGUGAGUUGUAUAGACCAUUUCACAAGAUGUAAACAACACUGGUCCAGAAACACUUCCUGUUUCAGUUUGUAACUGUUUUCUUUA